UGACUUGAAUGGACGACAGUUUGCGAAGUCUCCGCAGUUAGCCAGAUGUUGUUUACCCUCAGUGGAGAAACUAAUCGCUGAAACGAGACUCUAAUCGAGUUUGGAACAAAUAAACUGCCAAAAUGAAGGAGGAGAAUUGUUUGGAAAACAUCAACAAGAUUUUUCAGGAGGCUCCAGCUGCCCGGAAGGCUCUUCUCGACAAUUAUGAGAAUCUCUAUAAAGUGGCCGAAUACUGCGAGAAUAAUUACAAUAAGGGGGAGGACACGGAUCGAGCGGUGGAGGAGUCCAAGGCGUACGCCAACCAGGCGCUGGCCAGCGUCUCCUACCAGAUCAACCGCCUGGCCAGCAGCGUGCUCCGCCUCCUGGACUCGCAGACCUCACAGCUCACCAAGAUGGAGUCCUGCAUCUACAUCCUCAACCAGGAGGUUGGCAUGCAUAAGGAGAAGGUGGCCCGGCGGGAGAUCGGCCGUCUCACCGUGGAGAACAAAGUGCCUCGCGCCAAAAAAAUAGUCCCCCCCAAGUCCCCUGUGGUGGUGCCCGAGUACAAACGCACCCCAAUAUCCUACACCAUCCUGGAUUCUCUGGGUCACGGAUUAUGGGAUGGAGGGAAGCCACCGGAGAAAGCUGAACCUGCACCAGAGCAGCCCAGCCCAGCCCCUGAGAUUGACCCUGCUCACAGGGCUGCUUUUGGCAUUGCUGUAGCACCUCCAUCUGUGCCGGCCUGGAGCCCCCAGGAUUCCUCGCCAGCCCCUGGGUCCUCGUGCCCACCUCCUCCUCCUCCCCCCAACUCUUCUGGUGUUCCACCUCCUCCUCCUCCUCCUCCUCCUGGGGGCAUGGGGGGCAAUGUUCCUCCUCCACCACCUCCUCCACCUGGGGGUUCAGGUACCUCUGUGCCUCCACCUCCACCUCCUCCUCCACCACCGCCCGGUUCAACAGGUGUUCCUCCACCACCUCCUCCACCACCUGGUGCAACAGCUAAUUCUGUCCCCCCACCCCCACCCCCACCACCACCACCUCUUGGUUCCACAGGUAAUAACCUCCCCCCACCGCCUCCACCUCCCCCUGGGAUGACUGGAUCCAGCAUUCCUCCUCCACCUCCUCCUCCUCCUCCUCCACCAAUGUAGACAAGAGACUCAAAUUCACGUGCAGGAAGACACAGCCACACACAGCUGAAGAGAUGAAAACAUGAAAACAAAGUAUAACUAAAGUAUAACUAACUGCUACUAUGUCCAGGGAUGUAAUGGAGGCUAAACGCAAGUAAAAGCUGUUUAUCCACCUCUGAAAUUUCAGAAAUUCAAGAUAACAUCAACAUAAUUAUAAACAAAUGUGACUUCCUGCGCUAUCGCUGGCUGCGCUACUAAGGGCAUUGUCAUUUUAUUAACGUGUUUAGCAUUUGGUAAAACAUUUGCAGGGUACGCAUGGAGCGGCCUAACUUUGGGGCUGCAUCAGCUUCACAUGAACCAGUGACUUUCAUAAUCAUUUAAUUUCAGCAGAAAUAUGUCCUCUCAGGCAUAUUGGACAGGAACACUUUUCAAAGGUUAUAGGGGCAUUUUAGAAUUAGAACGUAGAACACCUCAUUUGGAAUCUUCACCUUAACAGGACGUGAUGUCGUAUCACCAAUACGUUUUGUUGGUCAGCUACAUUUAUCUGUUACAAAUUUAUACUAUUAGUUUCGGGAUAUAUAUAUUUUUAAGCUAUCACUCAGGAAACUAGAGUACUAUUUGACAUAUGGGGUUAGCUGUGUAUUGUAUUGGUAGUGAUGUGUGGGUCUGUAAGUAUGUUUUAUUUGUUUUUGCCUGUUUGUUUUCAACUUUUUUUUACAACUAUUGCUAAGCAUUGCUUAGGCACCUACCUGUCACCUCAUAGAAGUCAUAAUAAAUCAUGUAUAACUGAGAGAACUGUGGCAGAAUAAAGUAUGCAUGUUUCAACUGAUAGUACCUUCUAAAAAGCUAAUAAAUGUGCAUGUGUCUUCA